UGCGCUGGCGGCGGCGGCAGGGCUGUUUGUUCUGCUCCCGCAGCCGAGGAACCGAAGCAGUGGCGGCGGCUGCGGCGGCGGCGGCGGUGGCCGGCGGUGUCCGCAGGCGAGCGGGGCCUGUGUGCGCAGCGGCGCAGCGGGCGCGGCGGACGGGCCCCGGCUCGGCGCAGGUGGCCCGGACAGCGGGAGGAGGCGUGCGGCCUAGCAUCUCAGAGUGCCUGGUGAAGAAUGUGAUGGGAUCAUUAGCAUGUCUACGGAGAGCGGCCCUGGGACAAGAUUGAGAAAUCUGCCAGUAAUGGGGGAUGGACUAGAAACCUCCCAAAUGUCUACAACGCAGGCCCAGGCCCAACCCCAGCCAGCAAAUGCAGCCAGCACCAAUCCUCCACCCCCAGAGACUUCCAACCCUAAUAAGCCCAAGAGGCAGACCAAUCAACUGCAAUAUCUGCUCAGAGUGGUGCUCAAGACACUAUGGAAACACCAGUUUGCGUGGCCUUUCCAGCAGCCUGUGGAUGCCGUCAAGCUGAACCUCCCUGAUUACUAUAAGAUCAUUAAAACACCCAUGGAUAUGGGAACAAUAAAGAAGCGCUUGGAAAACAACUAUUACUGGAAUGCUCAGGAAUGUAUCCAGGACUUCAACACUAUGUUUACAAAUUGUUAUAUCUACAACAAGCCUGGAGAUGACAUCGUCUUAAUGGCAGAGGCUCUGGAGAAGCUCUUCUUGCAAAAAAUCAAUGAACUGCCCACAGAAGAAACUGAGAUCAUGAUAGUCCAGACAAAAGGAAGAGGAAGAGGGAGGAAAGAAACAGGGACAGCAAAGCCUGGUGUAUCGACGGUACCAAACACAACUCAAGCAUCAACUCCUCCGCAGACCCAGACACCUCAGCCUAACCCUCCUCCAUCUGUGCAGGCCACAACUCACCCCUUUCCCGCUGUCACCCCAGACCUCAUUGUCCAGCCUCCUAUCGUGACAGUGGUGCCCCCCCAGCCACUUCAGACGCCUCCACCAGUACCCCCCCAGCCACCGCCCCCACCUGUUGCUGCUCCACAACCUGUUCAGAGUCACCCUCCCAUCAUUGCAGCCACCCCACAGCCUGUGAAGACAAAGAAAGGGGUGAAGAGGAAAGCAGAUACCACCACCCCCACCACCAUCGACCCCAUUCAUGAGCCGCCCUCACUGGCCCCAGAGCCCAAGACCGCCAAACUGGGUCCUCGGCGGGAGAGUAGCAGACCUGUGAAGCCCCCAAAGAAGGAUGUACCAGACUCACAGCAGCACCCAGCACCAGAGAAGAGCAGCAAGAUCUCUGAGCAGCUAAAGUGCUGCAGUGGCAUCCUCAAGGAGAUGUUCGCCAAGAAACACGCUGCCUAUGCUUGGCCCUUCUACAAGCCUGUGGAUGUGGAGGCACUGGGUCUGCACGACUACUGUGACAUCAUUAAACAUCCCAUGGACAUGAGCACAAUCAAGUCUAAACUAGAGUCCCGUGAAUACAGAGAUGCCCAGGAGUUUGGUGCUGAUGUCCGAUUGAUGUUCUCCAACUGCUACAAGUACAACCCCCCUGACCAUGAAGUGGUAGCCAUGGCUCGAAAACUCCAGGAUGUGUUUGAAAUGCGCUUUGCCAAGAUGCCUGACGAGCCUGAAGAGCCAGUAGUUAUGGUGUCCUCCCCUGCAGUGCCACCCCCUACAAAGGUGGUGGCCCCACCCUCAUCUAGUGACAGCAGCAGCGACAGCUCCUCUGACAGUGACAGUUCCACUGACGACUCCGAGGAAGAGCGAGCCCAGCGGCUGGCUGAGCUCCAGGAGCAGCUCAAAGCAGUACAUGAGCAGCUUGCAGCCCUCUCACAGCCCCAACAGAACAAACCAAAGAAAAAGGAGAAGGACAAGAAGGAAAAGAAAAAGGAAAAGCACAAAAAGAAAGAGGAAGUAGAGGAAAAUAAGAAAAGCAAAACCAAGGAACUUCCUCCGAAAAAGACAAAGAAAAAUAACAGUAGCAACAGCAAUGUGAGCAAGAAGGAACCAGCACCCAUGAAGAACAAGCCCCCUCCCACAUAUGAAUCAGAGGAAGAAGACAAGUGUAAACCCAUGUCCUAUGAGGAGAAGAGGCAGCUAAGUCUAGACAUCAACAAACUUCCUGGUGAGAAGCUGGGCCGUGUAGUACACAUUAUCCAGUCAAGGGAGCCGUCACUCAAGAACUCCAACCCCGAUGAGAUUGAGAUUGACUUUGAGACUCUGAAACCGUCCACACUGCGAGAGCUGGAACGCUAUGUCACCUCUUGUUUGCGGAAGAAAAGGAAACCUCAAGCUGAAAAAGUUGAUGUGAUUGCUGGUUCUUCCAAGAUGAAGGGCUUUUCAUCCUCUGAGUCAGAGAGCACCAGCGAAUCCAGCUCCUCUGACAGUGAAGACUCUGAAACAGGUCCUGCCUAAUCAUUGGACACGGACUCUUAAUAAAACGGUCUUCAGUUCCAGAUUCCUUCCCAGCAAGCUAUAGCUUAAGUCCAUUUUCUUCUGUGAAAGGGACAGGACUCCAUCAAGUUAUGGAAUUGCUCAGAGCCCUGGGCCUGUCCCACCCGCCCCAGGGGUGGAUUAGUCAUGUUCAGCAGCACACACCUAGUCUCACCGUCAGGAAGGCUGCCUACCUGGCCUGCUGCCUGGGCCUCUCUGUACAAAGACUGCCUGGCUGUUCUGCCCAGCCCCCCUGGUCAUCUGGGGUCUUCUGGGUGGGUGGAAUCUCCUUGAGGAUGAUAAUAAUAACCCCCUUCUAUGCAUACAUGUGGUGCUGCUGUAUGUGCGAAGCCUGGUCACAGUGUAUUUCCUCUCUUCGUCCCUCCCUUUUUUUUCUGAGACUCUAGACCUUGUAGUGACUUUAUUUAGCCCAGGAAAGAUCUAAUUCACCCUGACGAUGAAUAUUUUGACCUGGUCUCCCAAAGGCUAUAUAGGGCCACCCUGGUUGGCUUGAUCAGAUGGAGACUGACCAACUUUAGCUUACCCAUAGCCUCCUGAAUUUUCCUUUGGUCUCCAUUGUUCCCAUAGAGCACUAAAAGUUCAAGUGGUCUGGUGUCUUUGGUCUUUUCUCCCCAAGUCACCUAACCUAAGAAAAACACCUUAAGGCUGCUGGUAAGGGCAUGCAAGGCCCAUCAGGCCCCAUUCCCAAGCCAAAUCAGGAUCUGGGAAGUGGGCAAGAAGGAUAUCAUGGCUACUUGUGAGCUGCCUACAGUGCCUCUCCAAGUUCCAUUGCCAUCAUGACCAUCUUCAUCUUCAGCUUCCCAUAAUGACAUUUAUUGGGGUUAGAGCAGGCAAGAGUGGGCCACACCAUCCAAACCUUUCCAGAGACAAAUCAAAGGAGGCUGGUUUGGGGUUUGUUUGUUUUGUUUUUCUCCCUAAAAACAAGUGUUGGCCCUGACCAUUUUUUGCUCAUAAAUCUGGCACCUCACCAGAAAACUGCCUAACAUUAAAAGACCCCAAAGGAAUUGCAUUUGCAUUUUAGUAGGCUCUUUCUGUUCUUUUCUCUUUUAAAAUGUGCUUUUAUGACUUCCGAGAGGACUGCCUGUCUCCUGACAUCAGGUUGGAGCCUGCCUUCUUCUAAGGGCUUAAAAAGCAGGCUGAGGUGGUGCUAUGCCCCUUCCCAGAUUCCAGAAUCCUUGGGUUGCUUGCUGCCCUAUACCUCAUAAUGGCCUUUGUGCCUCAGACUUCCUAGAACAUCCAGUGGCCCCUCAGUGAUGCUGCUGAGUUCCUAGGCCAUUUCAAGUCCUCUGUCUAGCUUCAAGUUAACUCCUUUUGCCAAACAGACUAUUUUGAGCUGCCCUUUGGCCCCUGCCUGACAUGUUCCCAAUGAACUUGGCUUGGCUGGGAUGGGGGGAAGGGAGGCUUCUUGCCCAGAGAUUCCCACAGGACACUUGGGAAGCUGUUGGCAUUAUCUUUCUGGGAAGAUUUUGCUAUCUUGGACCAAAUGGCGGCCUACAUUCCCACAAUAUCUUGGCUAUGUGUUGCCCCUGCCCCUCCCCACACCCUCUCUACGUAUGUGCAUACACACCGGACAGCUUGUCCUGUAGAGUACUUUACUGUCCAGAAUUCCUGGCUGUGUAGGCUUUCUGUGUGUCAGGAACUCUGUUGAACUUGAAAGAUCUUUAGACUUAAGCUAUCAAUUGUACUUGGUGCCUGGAGAACACAGCCAGAAAGGACAGUGUCUCACCUAUUCUUCCUUUUUGGUAGUUUUCCGUUCCUUGGCAAUGGGAGGUACCAAUGGAGGGCCUUAGCAUACCAGCUGGCUGUGGGGUCCUGUUGGGGAGCCAUCCAGGACAGUGGACGGCUCUUCUCUGCCCCACAUUGCCCUGCCCUGCCCUUAAACCUCUGUUUCCUUUAUUCCAGUGGGGCUGGGCUGGGGUGGAAGAAAUCAGUGUUUUAAUCAGAUUUUACAAAAACAUUUUACUUUGUACUAUACCAUCCUAUGUAAAGAUGAAAUUUGUGUUGGAGUUUAAGAUUGUUAUGGAAUAAAGAUCACACAGUAUUUGAGGCCAUCUCCAUGUAACCCUUUCUAGAGAGUUUUGUGUGGGGGGUGUCUGGGGCUGGUGUGUCAUUAAGCUGUGCAUUUACUGUCUUCUUACUGGUAACCCAACACGAGGCUUGGGCCACAGGAACUGCACAGGGCUGCCUCACAACACAUGUCAUUUCCACUAGUCUCGCCUAGGCCCAGAGGGCUGCCUUGUGCUUCCACUUCCACUCUGAAGAUGAGCUCCAGAAUACUCCUGUGACCUUUCCAGUGCAGCUGAGAUACUUCCUAGAACCUAAGCUUGGUCUUGUGGACCUCUGCUCAUAACUUGAGGCAGGUGGUGAGGGGUUGGAGCCAUUGUCCCUUUUAUAUAAGUGGGAAAACAAUGCUUUGUUCAACGUUACUAGACAGCAGGCACCCUCUCCUUCCUAGACAUCUCACAUUCAGUUCCACAUCUGGGUAGCACCUCCAAGGCUUUCCUAGGUCAUGCUUGACACAGUGGUUCAGCUUUAUCUCCCAUCUUCUCUAUGCUGAGAUCCCCUCAAGAGUAUACUCAGUAUUUGUUUUGAGCAGCCUUCCCCAUGUCCCUAUCUCUCAUCCCGCUGCCCACUCCACCUUCUUAUACUGGAAGUGCUAACAGAGGAGCCUGUCCACUGGCCGUCCCAGCCUCUCUCUCCCACUACUGAAUUGUUGGCUGUCUAAUCCUUGUGUGUCCCCUGCCAUACACAUCCUUCUGGUGUGAGGUGUCCAGCUGGUUCUGCUUCUACACGCAAAACAGCCAAAUGCCCUGAUUCCACAAAUCUUCCCAGCAACCCCCUUUUGAAUGUGUUCUCUGUUAGGGUUUCUUACCAACUUUCUUUUGCUGACCCAAGGAGUUGUGAGAGCCCUGCUUCCUGGCAUCCAAAUUUGGGGCUCAGCCUUGGGUCUCCAUGUGUUAGCUGUCCUCACUUGCUGCCAUUUGCCAUUUGUGUGAGGAUAUGUUUGUGGCUGCUGGGGUCUGUGUCUGUCAGUCCUGCAUGGAGUGGCAAACUCUUACAGGGCACAAGGUCCCAUCUUGUUCCUGCUGGUAGCAUACUGCACCGCAGGGGCCAUGCAUGGCAUACAUGCAUAGCUUGCCUCAGCUAUGAGCAGAGAGCCAGGGGGCCUUGACACUAGCAGCAAGAACUGGUGUUCUGACAAGGUGCUUGGGGGAAGCCAUAGCAAAGACAGAAAUGACUCGGUGACAUCAAUCUGAAAGGAUCUGUACCACAGGCCCAACCUCCAACCUGGUAAUUGACAGUUGUAUUGUGUGUCAGCCCAGAAGCACUGGCCAAGGCAUUGUCCCUCUCCUUAUUAUAAAGUCUAAGGUGGAGACAGAGGUUUUGCACCUAGGUUUUUAAUCUGCCUCACAGAGACAGGCACAUUUAUGUACCUCAAGCACCAGGUCUUCGGCUUCUUGAAGAGCCAAGGCACAUGCUGAUUUCAUUAGGUAGCACAUUGACUGUUCAGAGAAGAGACAUCACUGAUAUUCCUAUCACCCAAGGAAGAGAAGGGAGGUCAAAGCCUUUUUUUGGCAAUGAGCACCUAUUCUGUUUAUUCUUAAUCAUUCUGGGGAGGCCAUCCUGCUUCCUUAUUCCCAAAAGGUGACCCUUUCUGGGUUCUCAGUGUACAGCACUUUCCUUGUGUACCCUGUGGCUCUGGUCAGGUCAUGCCCUGUGCCAAUAUCCCUGAUCUUUCUCAGUCCCAGCCUGACCUACUCUGAGGCAGGGACCUCAGUAAACCAUUCUACAAGAGUCUCUAAAUGGUUUCCGCUGUGUGGCCUUGAAUGGUUGUCCUCACUUUUUGGAGUGUUGUUAUCAACUGUCCAGUACAUGGGGUUAUUGCAAACAUCCUGAGUUAUCCAGAACAUAGCAGGUUGUAAUCCAGAGUAUGCUGACACUAUUGCCCAAGGUAUGACUCAUGAAAUGGGGAAGUAUAAGGUAAGGUCUCCAUAGCUCAGAUUCUGACAUAGCCAGGGCCUUGACUAGUUCUGGUGCCUAUGAUCUGAAACUUACUGAGGCAUUUUUCAGGCACAGUUCCUUGGGAAAGCUACAGGCAGAUGGAUAGGUAACAUUCCACACAUCUUUUUCCUCCCUAUGAUGGCCCAAUUCAGUUGCUUCUUCAGUAUAAUUCAACCCCUGUCCUGAAUGCCCUGUUCUUGUCCUCUUCUGCAUCCAAGGCCAAUCCAUGAUCACUUCCCUAGAGUCUCACUACCUUGUC